AUGCUCACUUCAAGCAAUCAGUAUUUGAGACCUGAUUAUUUGUCGCCGCUGCCAACAACGCUCGACGCGAAAAAGAGCCCGCUAGCACUACUGGCGCAAACCUGCAGCGCUAUCGGCGCUGACUCACCGAACCCGAAACUCAUCUCUGCGGCUGAAAAAGCGAGCAAGAAAUACGAUGAAAAAUCGGUACACGUAGAUAACAAACCUAGUUUCAAGCCUUACGAAUCGUGCCUGACGAGAGAAAAGACUCGGACACCUGAGGACAGAGCUUCUGUUAACCCCCAAUCGAAGACACCAUCUUCGAAGGGAAGCGCAUCGACUACCCCAGUUCAAGCUCGAUGCAAUAGCAACCAAAGCUCAUCGUCUCUAAGAACAUCGCCCCCUUCGCAUCGUAAAACACCAUCAGAAAAAUCUGAAGAAAGGUCGAGUCCUAUGUCCUCACCGGCAGCUCAGGUGAAGUCAAAUUCUGACUCAACUAAUUCAUCGUCCAAGUUACCAUACUCAAGUAGUCUAACGUCCAGUACAGAAACCAAAGAACACUCAAGUUUCAAACCGAGCGUACCUGUUUCUUCAUCGCCAUUUCUAGGAGGACUACCUCCUUCAGGCUUUCCUCUGUCCAUGGAUCUUAUGACUAGUAGUCUCAUGGCUGCCCAGCACCAUGCCUUAAAAAAUGGUCUGAACCCGUACUUAGCUUACGCAAGAAUGAAGCAACCCGGAAGUGAUUUAGGAAUAUGUAGAGAUCCAUACUGCACUGGCUGUUCAUUAAGUUCGCAUUUGCUCAAAUCGGCGGUGUGCCCAGCGGGUUGUACGCAGUGUGACCACGCUAAAAUGCCGUUUUCUUUACCAUCCGGUCACCCCGCGGCGGCAGCAUAUGCCCACGCCCAGCUAGCAGCACUGGCAGCUGCCUCCCAACUACCUUUUGUAUGUAGCUGGAUGGCUGGAGACACGGCUUAUUGCGGAAAACGCUUCGCGACAUCCGACGAGCUUUUACAACACUUACGGUCACACACGGCGAGUGGCGAAUCAAGUCCUAGUCUAUCUAUGUUGAGUGCGACACAUCCGCUCUUACAACGAACAUAUCCAACCCCUCCCUUAUCGCCAUUGACGCCAAGGUUUCAUCCGUACAGCAAGCCGUCUCACCUCGUCUCGUCACCACCGUUACCUUUCCCGCUGCCGCCCCAUCCUUCACUGGCUGCAUAUUUUCCAUCUUACCCAUUAUUUGGACCGAGACCACUGCAUCCUUGA